GGUCAAUGCCUGGUCAAAUGCUAUGCGUACAAAAUAGAUGUGGCAAAUAAAAUGAGUGAGAAUCGUUGAUUAAAGCAUUAAAUGCGUAUAAUUUGUUAAUUUUUUGUAUAUUGGGCUUGCGUUUUAACGUCCCGACGAUCUCAUUUUCAUUGUACAAUAAAAUUGUUUAUUGGUUAACAUUAGCAAGUUAAAAAUAUUUGAGUCUUGUCUUUAAAAUGACAGUUUGUAUUGGUGCUGGUACGUGGGGCCAAAGUGUUUAUGGUGCAAUGCGCACGUUAAUCCAUUUUAUUGCGGCAACACAAUAUUGGUUUGCUUGUUACUAUGAUUGGAAUUUUGUUCACGUCCCGCAAAGCGUUCAUGUCAUGGGUAAUCCGUUUGGUGGAAAAUUCAAAUAUCUGACAUUUAUUGAUGCCGUUCUGCAAGCCUUGUAUUUCACUGUUUGUGUGUUAAAUGACUUUGCUGGAUCAAAUGAAACUCGUGUAAGGCAUAAAUCCUUUUUGCGAGGUCUGAAAGACUACAUGAUGGCAGCAUUUGCAUUUCCUGUUGCAAUGAAUGUUGGAAUUACAUUUUGGACACUUAUGGCUAUUGACAGGGAGCUCGUGUUUCCCAAAAGCUUUGAUGCUUUUUUCCCAAGCUGGUUGAAUCAUGUAAUGCACACAAAUAUAAUGAUUUUCAUUUUAUUAGAAAUGUAUUUGACAUUUAGAGAAUAUCCUUCUCGAAAAUCAGGUUUAACUGGUUCACUCAUAUUCAUGUUGACUUAUUUAAUUUGGCUACAUAUUAUAAAAUAUUAUUCGGGUGUUUGGGUAUAUCCAGUUUUAACAGUUUUGAAUUUACCACAAAGAAUCAUAUUUUUUGCAGUUAGCUUUGCAUUUUCAGUAUCUUUAUACAUAUUAGGAGAGAAAAUAAAUAACUUCAUAUGGAGAAAAGAAUUAAGAGCAUUGAAAAGCACUAAACAUAAGUAGUAAGUGUUUAAUUGAUAUACUGUAGCCUUUUGAUACAAGUGCAUUAUUAUUACUUAAAUGUAAAUAGAACAUAAAUAUAGAUUGU